AUGAAAGGUUGGCAGAGAUGGUCGAUUAAUAGUGGUGAUGACCAUAGGACUUCUAGAUCAUUUCCUCGUCUUCAUCGGAUGUAUUUAAUAAAUUGUCCAGAACUAGCUGAAGUGUCAAUCGGAUUGAUACCUUCACUUCGGGUUUUAUAUAUACAAGAAUGUUCCGAAGCAGUGUUAAGAAGCAUGGUUGGUUUGUCCUCAUCACUUGUUGAGUUAAAAAUGUUAAAUGUCAAAGGACUUACUCAACUACAUGGAGAAGUUUUAAUGCAUCUUAGGGCACUUGAAGAUCUUUAUAUUAAAAAUUGUGAUGAUCUGAGGUACUUGUGGGAACAAGAAUCAGAUGCAUACAAUAGACUUGUGAGCUUACAAAAGAUGGAAGUAAGGUGGUGUAAAAACUUGGUUUCAUCAGCUAAGAAAGAGGAUAAUUUUGGGAUAAACAUGGAAUCUCUUAAACGAGUGGAACUUUGUUAUUGUGAUGCACUGGAGAGUUACAAUUGUCCAAAUAGUGUUGAGAGGUUGGAGAUAACUAAUUGUGGUUCAAUGACAUCCUUGACCUUCUCAGCAGUGCAGGAGCACUCAUCCCCUCUUACUGAAUUGAUGGUCGGUGAUUGUGAUAACAUACAAUUACAACCCAAACCCAUUCCAGUCAAAGAUUUUCGUUUUCUCUCCAUGUCUCGCCUAACAUAUCUUUUCAUCAAUAAUUGCAAGAAUCUAAAGUCAUAUUCUCAUGAGCAUUUUCAAAUUCUCACAUCUUUGGAGCUAAUGUUUAUGUAUGGUUGUCCAAGUGUAGACUACUCCUUCCCUUGUGGGGUGUGGCCUCCUAAUUUAAGCAAAUUAAGGAUAGGUGGCUUAAAUAAGCCCAUGUCAAAGUGGGGCCCACAGAAUUUUCCAACCUCACUAGUUGAACUAGAGUUAUAUGGAAAAAAUCUAGGAGUAGAUUCAUUUUCAGUGUCAGACAAUGUGAGGAAUCCUACUACUACAUCAUCAUCUUCAACUUUUCUUCUUCCACCAUCUCUGGUUUCUCUAGCAAUCAAUGCUUUUACAGAUGUGGAAUCAUUUUCAGAGGUCUUACCACACCUCCCCUGCCUUAAAAGACUUCAUAUCAUAUCAUGUCCGAAGAUUACAGAUCUUAAGACAACUUCCGGCCCAUCAAAUUUGACAAUAUAUGUGGGGAAGUAA